CCAAGCCCGCCGCCGUCCCGGGCGGCCUCUUCUCCCCGCUCGGCUCGGCACGCUCCAGCCCUGCGGCAGGCGGCGACCAGAAGCUGCGGCUCCUUGUGCGGUGCGGCGCGCGAGGGCGAGAGGCGGGCGCGCAACAGGCCAGCCGGCGCCGCACUAUGCUCCCCAGCGCGGUGGCAGCCCACGCCGGUGCGUACUGGGACGUGGUGGCUUCCUCCGCUCUCCUCAACCUCCCCGCUGCGCCCGGCUUUGGCAACCUGGGCAAGAGUUUCCUGAUUGAGAACUUGCUGCGGGUCGGGGGUGCCCCGACGCCAGGGCUGCAGCCGCCCUCGCCCCACGGCCCGGCGACCGCCCUGGCCACCGCGGGCGCGCAACUCCGGCCCCUGCCCGCCAGCCCGGUUCCCCUAAAGCUGUGCCCCGCAGCCGAACAAGUUAGCCCCGCCGGGGCGCCCUACGGUACGCGGUGGGCUUUUCAAGUGCUCAGUCCCUCUAUGGACAGUGCCAGGCUGCCGGGCCGGGCUCCGGGGGACCGAGACUGUACAUUCCAGCCUUCAGCUCCAGCACCUUCCAAACCUUUUCUUCUGAGCACCCCACCAUUCUACUCAGCGUGCUGUGGUGGGUCCUGUCGGCGCACUGCAUCCUCCGCUGCUUUUGCAAGAGAAGAGAGCGUGCUGCCUCUCCUGACACAGGACUCUAAUUCCAAGGCUCGGCGGGGCAUUUUAAGAAGAGCUGUCUUUUCUGAGGACCAGAGAAAGGCUCUGGAGAAAAUGUUUCAGAAACAGAAAUAUAUCAGCAAAACAGACCGAAAGAAACUUGCCAUGAACUUGGGACUAAAGGAAUCACAGGUGAAAAUUUGGUUUCAGAACAGAAGGAUGAAAUGGCGGAAUUCCAAAGAAAAGGAAGUGCUUUCCAACAGGUGUAUCCAAGAAGUAGGUCUUCAAGAGGAUCCCCUCUCACGGUCUGCUCUGGGUUUCCCUUCUCCGUGUCCUUCAAUAUGGGAUGUCCCCCAACAGCACUCAAGUCCAAGAUGGAGGAAGAAUUCUCCAGAACCCUCAGAAAGACUAAUCCAGGAGAGUUCAGGGGCACCACCCCCAGAAGCAAAUUCACUGCAAGGUGCCUUGUAUUUAUGUUCUGAAGAAGAAGCUGGAAGCAAGGGUGUACUUACUGGGGCCGUCUGAAUGGAAGCAUUCCUCCGUGUUAAUUUAAAAGAACGCUUAAUAGUAACAUUUGGGCUCUAAUGCCAGCUCGCCUGUACCUCAUCAGUGCUUACAGCCUAACAACUUUGGAGCGAUAUAUGAACUAAUGCUUUAGGAAACCCACUCCGGUGUUCUCUUGUUUGGCCCUAGGCUCAGGCUUAAUUUGUAAGUGGAGUAGAAUCUCCCAGGAAGUAUGAUGGAACUGAAAAGAAUGACAGCAACAGCUGGCUCCGUCCCUGCUCUUAGUAUGUGUAUAUGUGUGUGUGUCUCUAUGUGUGUAUAUACAUAAAUAUCCAUUAAAAUGUGUUAGUAGAAACUAGUUUCUCUUUAACUAUUGCAUUGAGUAAAUUCAUUUCCUUUUAUGUGAAGAAAAAUACCAUUGACAGAAUGUUUUUAAUUUUUUGAAAAUAAUGUAAAAUUUGGACUUUGGUGCAAACUUUCAUACCCCAAAAACAUGUUUUAAAAAAUUCUCUAUUUUCCGACUUCUUUUGGUAUCCAGCUGUAAGUGAAUUUUAACACCUUAGCUCAGCAGUCCUCAUUAAAUGAGCCGCUGCUAGAUACAUACACUGAAAAUAUAUAUUUAAAAUGAACCCAACAAGCAAAUUAGAAGAAUUUCUAUAUAUAACUAUUAGUAUCCUUAAUCUCCAAGUCUCUGGACCAUCGGGCCAUCGGGAGGCCCAUUUAACUAAUACUUUUUUUUUAUCUUUUCUCUGUAAAGAUGGGCCUAGACCAGGGUUUGUAAAAUAAAAUGCCUUUAAGACCCUGUCAGGUAAAUAAAAGCUAUGGCUCACCUAAAGAUAUUUGAGUCAAGUAAUUUUUCAAAUACUGUAUUGGCCAAACAGAAUAUCUAUGCCAAGAAGUUUGUGAUCUCUGGCCAAGACUAAAGAAAGCCGUGGUGUCACAGUUCUUAAAAUUUUUCUAACUGGACUUAAAACCACAAUACUAACAGAAUCAACAAUGAUUUCUGUUUGUGCUUCUAGUUAGAGACUCAGUUUUCCACUUAGGUGGCAUACACUUUACAUAUUAGGUUAUUUUUAUGUAUUAACAAACACCACACAGAUGUUUUGUGUUUUUUGACUACCCUGAAAUUGUGUCUUUCUAAAAUUGCAUUUCUGGUAACGAUCUACUUAGUUAAUCCAGAAGUUUUUACUCCAGGACCAAGAAGAAAUUAUGUUUCACUUUGAAGGAAAUGAAACAAAAAUAGGAAAUGAUGUGGUUUUGCCUUGAACUCUUAUCAAUCUGUGGACAAGAAACAUUCUGAGAAGUUCAUUAAGUGUCAUUUUGUUAGUGAGUAAGCUGCAUAAUGAUGGUGGCUUCUAAUUUGCUGAACUCUGCUAGUCUGAGAAGUUAAUGUCUUUUGAGGGUUUAGUGUUUAGAAAAGAUAUUUCAGAAGAUAAUGGUUUUAAUCAACAGCAGGAAAUUAUUUUAUACGAAUAGAAUUGGACUUGGUAUGUCAACCCGUGUCUUUACUACAUGAUCUUUUACUUAAAAGUCAUUUUAGAAGCAGUGUCUCAGUGCCUCAUUGUGGGGAGUGGGAGCAUGGAUCUGCUGACAAAAAAUUGAAAUUUAAAACCAGUCUUAAAAUG